AUGUCGUCCAACAGCGAGAGAGAAGACAACAACCCAAGCCGCCUCAUUGGCCAAGGCCCUGGAAGCGACGACAUCAUCCAAGGCAACUUGCGUGCCAUGGGAAACGAACCAGAAAGCAUGAGAGUCACAAGUUCCAUCAUCAACAACACCAACUCAAUCACUUUCCUUCCAUCGUCCAGCUUUCAAGAUCUCGAGAAUCGAGAGCAAGCAACGAGAGAUAGUGGCUUUAACACCUCUUCAUCUGACUUCACCAUCCGGGAAGAAGAUUCUGCAACCCAGACAAUCACACAAGAAGAUUUCCCAACAACUCAAACGAUCACACAAGAUGCUGAACUCAUUGCGCGUCGUGCUCUCGAGUCAGGUGGUUUCGGUCCUCCUUCUGCUGUGGCUGGUGGCGGCGAUGAUCGGGAUGAACCUCAUCAGACUUCGCUUUCUGUCCAAGCUCAUGGCGCAGUUGCAUCGAAUCUGGCACCUGACACAUGGCGACUUUCACCUGGAUAUCCUCAAUCAAAUGUUCAAGAACCAGAUCUUCCCUCCGGACGAAAUGAUGCCUCUGGCAACAUUGACGGGCCUAUGGAUCAUCACGGUCAGCAUGAUAGUGUGGAUAAUGACACGAAUCAAACCGAUCUUGCAAUCAUGGAAGCAAAUCGACAGCAUCUUCUGGGACUAUUGGAUCCUUCACAUGGUCACGUACAGUCUGGAUCAACUACUUCUUAUCAUCCAAGCCAACAACAAUCGACGUCGUAUGCUAGUUAUUCUGGAACGACUCAGAAUCCAGCAGCAGCUACAACAACAGCAGCAGCAGCAGCAGCAGGAACAUCUUACUACGGACCAACAGCACCAUCCUACUACGGAUCAGCAGCACCAUCAUAUGAAUCCUAUGGAUCAUAUGCACCAGCAGCACCGGCGUAUGGACCAACGUCAUCGUAUGGACCAGCACCGCCAGCGUAUGGAAUGAUGACGCCUUAUCCAACCACUACUUCAUCAUACGCUUAUGCUUCGGACAUUGCUGCUUCACACUAUCAACCACCCACACCAAGCUAUCCCAAUCCCAUUGACAUUGCGGCAAUCGACCCCAACCUCGCGCUCUUGGCCGCUUACAAUCGAUCAACAGACCCCGACGAAGAAGAUUAUUCCCACAUGUACAUUGAUAUUCCCGCACCAAACAGCACCGAGACAAACAAUCCAGAAGAACAAGAACCUGUCACCAUCAACAGUCGUUCAUCGCGUCCAAGAACAACUCGACGUAAACGCAAGUCAACUUCAGAUGGGCACGAUGAACAAGAUCAAACUUUGGAACCACCAACACGUUCUUCUCGUCGUCCUCGCGCUUCUCGGUCCGCUGCUGCCCCGCCUGCGUCUGCCCCUGCCCCUGCACCUGUUCCCGCCGCCCCCGCCUCCGCCCCCGGAGGGCCAAGUCUCACGGCGUCCCUCAACGACCCCGACAUCCCCUCCAUCCACCGACGUCGGCAACCGUCGGUGGUGGACAUCAACGACCCCUUCACCUGCCACCUGUGCUACCACACGUGCAUCCGGGCAUCGACGAUCCGGGAGCACUACCUCUCCAAACACCCGGAGCUUCGGCUCACCAAAAAAAACUUGAACGAUUACGAACCGGCCAAGACGGCCAAUAUAAAACCCCUGAGCUUUUAUAAAAACCUGGGGCUCGACACCACCUAUACGGGCGUUGACCGUAAACAGGUCAACGCCCGCCGGAGGAUGGACCUGGGGCUCCGGACCACCGACCCCAACUACCUCCGGGAUGUCUACAAGGACACCACCGCGGAGAGGACGAGGCAACAACGCCGGCGUGCCGCAGAGGAAGAAGAGGAGGAGCAGAAGAAGAAGAAGGAGGAGAAAAAGUGA